AUGAAACGCGAGUAUGAGCCCGUGGAAUGGCCUACAGAGAGCUCGCUCUCAGACGCUCCCUAUCCUGGAGUUGGCGCCGCUAGGCCCGCAGAUUCUCAGCCGAUCAAGCUCAAGUUCACUUUGAAGCGCAUAUUCGAUGAUAGUGAUGCGCACAUUUGGGGACCAGUGGUCGGGUGGGGCAGCGUUUUCCUUGCAGGCAAUCUAUGUAGCCGUUUUCUCGGGAUCAGACGGUGCAACAUGGGCAGAUUUCGGAGACGACUUGCGGGUGCCUGUACUGCUCUGGGAGUUGCGACCUUCUGGGAUAGGGGAUAUUAUCACCACGCACGACAGUACCAGGAGAACAGUGAUCUUAGUACUAUCUUCCAUGUUACCUGGUUGACCUUUUACUUGGCAUCCUUGGAUCCUAAUGGCCGUAAAGCUUUGCUGUCGGCGGCAUCAGCGCCUCUGGUGCCAUCGCUCUUUGCUCGUAUCCAGGGACCGUAUUUUCCUCCAGAUGCGACGUUUGCUGAACGGACACGACAACAGCUAUCUUGGCUGAUCUACCAACUGUGGUUGAGUCGUCGUGCUAAAGCGGCUGCUAGAUUCUGGUUUCAGCGCUAUCUUGAGGAUGCGAAUCUGUCUCCACACGACAUAGAGACAAUUAUAACCAUGGUGGCGCAAGCCCUUGACGGUCCCGAGUGGCGGUUAGGCAAUGCUUUGUCCCUCUGCAUGACACUCUGCUGCUCUGCAGCACGAGCACUGGCACGGAAACAUAUGCCUGUCACAAUAUGGCUUAAUUGUCUCUUGGCAGCAUCCCUCGGUUCGUUGGCCAUCACCGAGGGCUUAUGGCCAUACCACUAUAUCACCUAUCCUUUGAGCAUACAUGACAAAGCUAAAGCAGCAGCUGCGUUGAGAAAGUACUAUCCUGAAGCAUUCGAGCGAUUGACUGCGGAGCUCGAUGAGUUCUCAGGUGACAUCUUGGGCAGUGAGCCCUCAUACGUUCAGGAUGGGGCAUGGGUGUGA